UCUUGGGCGAGAGCGAGCGCGCAGUUGGUCGUUCCGGCAAGAUGCAGAUCUUCGUGAAGACCCUGACUGGGAAAACCAUCACGCUCGAGGUCGAGAGCAGCGACACCAUUGACAAUGUCAAGGCCAAAAUCCAGGACAAGGAAGGCAGGGAUCCCGCCGGUGCAGCAGCGGCUGAUCUUCGCCGGGAAGCAGCUGGACGAGGGCCGCACGCUGGCCGACUACAACGUCCAGAAGGAGUCGACGCUCCACCUGGUGCUGCGCCUCCGUGGCGGCAGCCGCGGCGGCCGCCCCACCUCUAUCCCGCCCAACCUCCUGCAGCUCGCGCUCAAGCACAACGAGAAGAGGAUGGUCUGCCGCAAGUGCUAUGCGCGCCUUCCCCCCAGGGCUACCAACUGCCGCAAGAAGAAGUGCGGCCACACCAACGAGCUGAGGCCCAAGAAGAAGUUUGUUUGAGCAGGGAGCGAGCGAGCAAUUCUGUUUCGUCGGCUAUCCUUUCGUUGGGCGUCGUCCGGCAUGGACCAGCUGAAUAAAUCGUCUUAGCAUCGUGACUGUGUCAGAGUUUGAAGUUGAGUCUAUCGUUAGUCUCAUAGUCAAGUUCAUCUCAAUGUAAAAUGUCAAAGCCCGGAUAUU